CACAACUUGUUUUGACACUUGACAGUUCGACGUACAUGAAACUUUAAUCCGUUAACCUGUUGCAUUCUCAAAUCUAUCUGUUCUUUGAUAACUUUCAAAUAUCUCCGUUAUCACUGAUACAACACAGCACAGUAAUCAAGUGAUUCAUAUCUAGUUAACGUACAUCUGUCGAUAAAAUAAAACGCACCAACAGUGCCAACACCAAAUAUAAACAGAAACCCCAAUCAAAACAAUGGAUAAGUUGAGACGAGUGCUCGGAGGCAACGAUUCUCCAGAUGAAGAGAGCGGAAUAAUGUCGCAGCUAAAUGAAACCACAACAUUAAGUUGGUCAACAAGACUGAAAGCAUUUCUUUUUUGUUUUAUCUUAGGAAUACUGUUAUCAUUUCUUGGAUCCUUUGCCCUUUUUUUAAGCAGAGGCCUAUCAGUCUUCGCCGUGUUCUACACCCUGGGAAAUAUACUAUCCAUGGCUAGCACGUGUUUCCUCAUGGGACCUUUUAAUCAAAUCAAAAAAAUGUUUGCCUCAACGAGAGCAAUAGCCACAAUUCUUGUCAUUGCGUCGUUUAUCUUAACGUUGAUAGCCGCUCUUGUGCUACAUAAUGCUAUCUUAGCUUUAGUAUUUAUUAUAAUUCAGUCAUUGGCGAUGACAUGGUAUUCGUUGUCGUACAUACCAUAUGCCAGAGAUGCCGUAAAGAAGACUUUUGUCGCGUGUAUAGGGUAAACAUGAGGAUAUCAAAAUAUGUGUUUGAGUACCUACGUGCAUAUUUAAUGUUGUAAUCUAUGUCAAUUUUAAACCCCUCCACUGAUGAUGUAUUUAUUUUGAUACUCUUUACAUAUGUAUUUGGACUUUAUUGUUAUUAUAUUUAAUGUUAUAAAUGAUAAAUAAGUGGAAGUAA